CUAUUCUCUGGAAGAGCUUGUAUAAGAUAAGAAAUACUUGAAUCAUGGGUUUUUUUAAUUACUUGACCUAUUUUCUGGCUGCUGGUGCUGUCACUUUGGGAAUUGGUUUCUUUGCUUUGGCAUCAGCUUUGUGGUUCCUGAUUUGCAAACGAAGAGAACUAUUUCAAAAUUCCAAAUUUAAAGCAAUUGAUGAGAGAUGCAGGCAAAGACCAUCAACGGCAAAGAUUAAAUCUCAUCCUCAGUGUGUUUUUAUUUCUCGAAAUUUUCAUACUGGGAGAUUCCAAUUACAGGAGGAGCAAAGAAAAAAGGAAGCAGCACAUAUAAAAGCAAUUAAAGAUCAUUCUAAAGAUGAAUCCCGACUUGCAACAAAAAAUGUCAUUUGUGAUCCCUCAGAGACCAGCUCCGCAACAAAUCGCAGCAGUGUUACAUUAAGCUUAUCAACAUUACCAUCUGAUUCUUAUUACAGCCGAAGUAUAGAAGCAGCUGAUGACUGGUUUUCUGAUGAUUCUCUAGUGAAAAGGAACUCUCCAGGGCCUUCUCUCGGGGAACCUCUAAUGGAAAAAGUAUUUUCAUACCUGUCAACCAUUUCAUUAGAAGAGGGUACUGAAAGUGUACUGAAUGACACUUUAUGAUCAUCAAAAAGAUGACCACAUUAAGGGAAAAUGUUCAUGAAGAAACAUAGAGGUUGAAAUACAAAAUCUUCAACAUAA